ACCAAUACAUACGACCAUAGGGUGUGGAGAACAGGGCUUCCCGUCCGCUCAGCCGUACUUAAGCCACACGCCGGCCGGUUAGUAGUUGGGUGGGUGACCACCAGCGAAUCCCGGCUGUUGUAUGUUUUUGAUUUUUUCUUUUUUUUUUUUCUGACAUUGCCUUCUCUGGACCGCGGGUGAGGGUCCAAGUCAGGUCUGAUGGAGGGAUCGUCAACUUGCAUAGGCGAGACAUUACGAUAGCGAUACGUAGUCGAUUCACCUGUAUAAUUAUAAUGUUAUAUUAACGCAAGAUAUAGAC